CUAGGUUGAAUCAGUUGAAGUCACCACCACCUACUCACUUGCGAAACUGAACCGUAUAAACUGCACGCACCAUUUCAAAUCAUUAUCAAAAGCUUACAAUUCACGAAACUCAACUCUUCUUCUCAUUAUCAUACUUUCUAGCUCAAGCUUUCAACCGCGAAGGUUUCUAAUUAUUCCAGGUCCAACAUCUUUCUCUCAUUUCAAAUUAUCAUACCUUCUUCAUCGCACACACAAACACGAAUCUAGUCAACCAUUCUUCGACCGAUCAUUCAUCAUGGAUGACCCCGUCGAAGCUUUUACGUCCAUUACAGGACAAUCGGAGGCUGUGGCAAGAGUGUACCUUGGAAUGACCGACAACAAUCAUGAACAAGCAAUAGGAUUAUUCUUCGAAGCUCCCGAACUUGCAAGCCAAAAUGCUGCUUCUCAACAAGCGCCGCCACAAAUACCUACUUCUACCAGACCACAAAGAUCUACGAACCGCGCCCAGCAAAAUGCAACUGGGGUAGUCGAUUUGGAUUCCGAUGACGACAUGGAAGUCGAUGAUGAUAAUAGCGAUGGCGACUCUGAAACUGCAACAGCUGCCGCUAUUGCACGUGCCGCGGAAGUUGAGGACGAUGCAGCUAUGGCGCGGAGAAUGCAAGAAGAGCUUUACAGCGGUGGUGAUGCAAGUGGCGGAUUCGAUGCAGAAGGCGUAAGAGCGCCUAUCGCAAGAACAACGGAGACGCUUGUCGGUGGGCCAGGAGGAUGGGAUGGAGAUGAUGCCCUGCAAAGCGAAGUCUUGGAGCAAAUGAGACUCCGGGCUCAAAGACAAACUAGGGCGGCUGCCGGUGGAGGCUCAGCUCGAACAGGAAUUCCGGGUGGACGAGUGGCUCCAUCGAUUUGGGACCAGGAAAACGAAGAUACAGCACGAGCGGUCACAGGAGCAGAAGGAACUAGUAAGAGCGCCCGUCUUGCAGAGCUUUUUAGGCCACCAUUCGACCUCAUGUACAAAUUGCCUUGGGACUCCGCUCGCGACGAGGGAAAAGAAAACGGAAAGUGGAUCUUAGUCAAUAUUCAAGAUAACUCUAUCUUUGACUGCCAGUCAUUGAAUCGCGAUAUAUGGAAGGACCCUGGAGUUAGAGAUGUUGUGAAGGAGAAUUUCAUAUUUAUGCAGUAUUCCAAGGACGAUCCACGGGGCAGCCAAUACAUUCAAUAUUACUUUCCCCAGAAAGAUAGCGAGGCUGCAUAUCCUCACAUUGCGAUCGUCGACCCAAGAACUGGAGAGCAAGUCAAGGUUUGGUCAGGGCCUCCAGUACCAAAGCCUGCAGAAUUUCUCAUGCAACUGGUUGAGUUCCUUGACCGAUAUAGUCUCGAUCUGUCCAAGAAAAAUCCCGUCGCAAGACGAAAGCAAGAGAAGACAAGCACGGUAGAUGUCAAUAAGCUCACUGAAGAGGAGAUGCUUAAUCUAGCGAUGCAAAAUAGUCUCGCGAAUAACGGAACAACGGGACCUAAAGCUGAUGAUCCAGAUGACCUCACAAAGAGUUUCGGAGACGUCAGCAAAGGAAAGGGUAAAGAGACUUCAGAAGAGAGCUCAGAGAUAGCCGAACCUUCUCAAAAUGAUUCCAAUUCUGGUGCAGAAGUCUCUCCUUUCUCUCAGAUUGCUUCUGACAGACCGCACACUGAGCCCGAAGGUCCCCUUUCACAAAGCACGCGCAUUCAGUUCAGACACGCCAAUGGUCGUGUUGUUCAUAGAUUUAGGCUCGAUGAUACAGUACGUCGCAUUUAUGAAUGGCUAAAGUCGGAUCCACUGGAGGGGAAAGCAGGUGUCCCAUUUGAGCUGAGAAGCGCAGGGAAAGAUUUGAUAGAUUCUUUGGACGAAACAGUCAAGGCUGCGGGACUCAAUAAUGGGACUGUGAUGGUGGAAUUCAUCGAGGAGUAAAUGUUUUGAGAGUUUUGGAGAUUAUUGAUACCAGAGAGAUUGCUCGCAUCGCAGGGCGAGAUAAUAAUGAGCUGUUCACACCGUACAUGGAAAAAUACGCUUACUCCCCUGAAGUUGCUGAUCUAUUAUUUCUCAUAAAGAAAAUCACAUAGGGAGGGGGUUUCCCUUUUCUUACUUCGGCACCUCAUCGUUGUACAUAGACGGGACUUUCCAGCAAUGCAAGGAUUAUCGGGUUCCUGGGCUAUAGAUUUAUGGGAAUGAGAAAUGAGAAUAUCACGAUAUGAAAAUAUCUUUAUUGACAUGAUAGCAG